AGCCAAGCUGCAGCUUUGCAUGCCUCUUUGCAGAGCCACUAAGCGGACAGUGGUCCGUUGUUUGCUCACCAAAACUCCAUAUCACUGGUGCGCGCAUGCAGAGAGCAUUGCUACUGAUGUCGCUGCGCGCAAGCCGAGCGCUCAUACCACGCACUGCUAGACGCAGCCGCUGCAGUGCACGCUACGCCAGCGCGCAGCCGCUCGGCAAGCGCGGCGUCACCGACGGCAGCGACGGCAUCACGCUCUUCGGCAGCGAAGCGAUCCAGAACGGCGCCGCACCAUCUAUCACAGUCUUCUGGCUCCACGGUCUUGGUGAUACGGCGGACGGCUGGGCCGGGGCCUUCGUGCCCGGUGGGGGCAUCACGAUGCCAUCACCGGACUACAAGGUCGUGCUGCCGACGGCCGAGACGCUGCCCGUGACGCUAAACAUGGGCAUGCAGAUGCCUGCCUGGUUCGACAUUUACGGCUUGGAUGCGGGCGCGCAAGUCGACGAGGCCGGCAUCUUGAAGGCGGCGGCGCGGCUCGAGGCGCUCGUUGCCCUGGAGGACCCGGCGACGAAAAUUGUAUUAGGGGGCUUCUCGCAGGGCGGGGCCGUGGCGCUGACCGCCGGCCUACGGUGUCCAUCGAAGAACGUGGCCGCCGUCGUCGGCACGUCGACGUGGCUGCCGCUCGGGGAUUCGUACCCGGCGGCUAUUGCGGACGGCGCCCUCGAACGACCGGUCUCGCUGCACCACGGCGACGCCGACGAGGUCGUACGGACGAGCUGGGGCGAGGCGUCGAAGGAACGGCUCGAGGAACUUGGCUGCCGCGUGUCCUUCGACACGUAUCCAGGCAUGGCCCACAGCGCCUGCCCCGAGGAGUUCGACGCGAUCUCAUCAUUCCUAAGUAGUAUUUAGAGAA